CGGGGGCCCGUCUAGUGGGGCGCUGGGAAAGCGGUAGCAACCACUCCGCUCCCUUUGGCUUCUUCUGGCGACUUUUCUUUUGUUGUUGCUGUGACCCGGGUCUGUUUUCUUGUCUGUUGUGGAAGGUGUUUUCUCGUUGGACUGACUGCGAGUCCAGUUUUUUCCCCUCUGGCUUAACCCCCCCCUCCCCUCCCCUUUCCCUUUCCCUUUUUUAAAAUUUCCCGUCCAAGACAUUUUACACAGAAUAUGUUUCAGAGAGAUUCGAAUCUUUCUCUCCUUCCGACCCCCCUCCCUGGCUCCUUUUAAAAACGAAAAGUAAAAGCUCCAACAGCCUCUCUGGACCAGCGGCAGGGAGAGUUAACGGGGUCGAUUGUCGAGUAAGGAGUCACCAACUCCUUGCGGUGUUUGGGACUCAUUAAACUGUCACUUACCCCCACCCCACUGGGUAAGUGGGGUGAUUAAUGCCUGAGCACUUGGAGCCGGGAGAGGACAUUUGUGGAGAAGUGGCGAAGUUGAGGAGGAGCGUAUCCCUUGGACUACUAAGUCUAAUUGACUUUAGUAAUAAACUCAUUGUUAGGAAAAGUUAGUUUUUGAGGGGUGGAGAGAAGGGAGAACUGUUGACUUUGCCAUUCAUGUAACAUUCCACACUUUAUUUCUAACGAGGAUCCAGUUCAUUAACAUUUAAGCUGGGGUACUUAGAGUAGAGCUAUAGGCCCAGUUUCUCUCCCCACCUCCGCCCCCGCCCCCCUCCCCUUCACACCUCGCCCUUCCAAAGGUCUUUGGGGAUGAAUCUGACAUUCACAGAUGUCAGCAGCACCACGCACAGCACCAUUCUGUCCAGCUGAGGUUUACACUUCUAUUCCAUCAGCCGUUAAAAAACUCCCACAAACCAGUUAAAAACUUGCAGAACUAACUGGACUUCUGUAUGUGACCUCUUAUGAUCAGGAAAAUUACAGGAUGACCCAAAAAAUGUUGCUAUGGGAAGCAGAUUAAGGGAAAGACAAGGUUCUCCUUUUCUGGCCAGAAAGUCAGAUCAGAUACGCAGGUGCAAUGGCCAUUUUAAUCCUCUGUUAGAGAUUGUGUCCGGUUUAUUAGUUUGUUUCACUGAAUGAAAUCACUUUUCAGCGUUUUUAGAAAAGUACACUUUCAGCUUGUUGAUAUUUGGAAUUGAAAUUGAUAUUGAUUAUGAUAGUAUGAAAAAUUAUACUUAGAAGUAGUUGGAGAUAAGUAGUUAAGUAUGAGUGAAAUAAUUGUGAUGAACCAGGCUGAAGUAAUAGUUUCCAAUAAGUCUCCCAACAUUCUUGUGACAUGUAUAUUAUUAUCUCAGCAGAAAAACAAGUGGAAGUCCUAUGCUAACAUUAAAAUGGGAAUAUAGAUUUAGAGUCAAAUGGAUUUGAUUUAGAAAUAUCCCCAAGGAAACUGCCUUUGAAACGAAACCUCUGAGUUGAAUAAAAGUGAAUCUGUGGAUUUCCUGAAUAGCACUGUGGCUUGAGUAUCCUGUCAAUAUAUAAGCCAGUCCACCAACUUAAGACACAAGUGUUGCUAUUCCAUAAAUACAGUAGAGCUCCAUAUGUUUAGUUUUUCAAUUUCUUCUGUUAGAAAGUUUGGGGGAAAAAAGGAGACUUUGAAGUAUUUUGUUUAUACUAACAGAAGAGAAAAGUUCUCCUAAGAAAAAGCUGGUGGCAGGAGUGUAGAGGAGUAGCAUAUGGCAUUAAAAGGAGCACAGCUGGAGGUAGCAUUUCCAUCUGAACAUGAUGUCAGAGCAGCUGACAGCCUGCCAUCCCUCAGCCUUUUAUUCUAACACACAGACAGGGAGUUAGUGUGUGCAGAUCUGUGUGUGGAGAAGGUAUCUCAUUCCUCUCUAACAUCAUCUCCACUUUGCAUCUGUCUCUCUUAGUCUGCUUUUUUUCCACCGAUCUAACAGACCUGGAGCCAGCAAGACUCAGAGGAAAGGACUUAAUCAGGUUUAUGUGUACUAAAGGUUAUGAAGACAGUAUGGAGUUUCCAGACCAUAGUAGACAUUUGCUACAGUGUCUGAGUGAGCAGAGACAUCAGGGUUUUCUUUGUGAUUGCACUGUUCUGGUAGGAGAUGCCCAGUUCCGAGCGCACCGAGCUGUACUGGCUUCAUGCAGCAUGUAUUUCCACCUCUUUUACAAGGACCAGCUGGACAAAAGAGACAUUGUUCAUCUGAACAGCGACAUUGUUACAGCCCCAGCUUUCGCUCUCCUGCUUGAAUUCAUGUAUGAAGGGAAACUCCAGUUCAAAGAUUUGCCCAUUGAAGACGUGCUAGCAGCUGCCAGUUAUCUCCACAUGUAUGACAUUGUCAAAGUCUGCAAAAAGAAGCUGAAAGAGAAAGCCACCACGGAGGCAGACAGUACCAAAAAGGAAGAAGAUGCUUCAAGUUGUUCAGACAAAGUGGAGAGCCUUUCUGAUGGCAGUAGCCACAUGGCAGGCGAUUUGCCCAGUGAUGAAGAUGAAGGAGAAGAUGAAAAAUUGAACAUCUUGCCCAGCAAAAGGGACUUGGCGUCUGAGCCUGGGAACAUGUGGAUGAGGUUGCCCUCAGACUCAGCAGGCAUUCCCCAGACUGGCGGAGAAGCAGAUACACACGCAACAGCAGCUGGAAAAACAGUAGCUAGCCCCUGCAGUUCUACAGAGUCUUUGUCCCAGAGGUCUGUCACCUCCGUGAGGGAUUCAGCAGAUGUUGACUGUGUGCUGGACCUGUCUGUCAAGUCCAGCCUUUCAGGAGUUGAAAAUCUGAACAGCUCUUAUUUCUCUUCACAGGACGUGCUGAGAAACAACCUGGUGCAGGUGAAGGUGGAGAAAGAGGCUUCCUGUGAUGAGAGUGAUGUUGGCACUAAUGACUAUGACAUGGAACAUAGCACUGUGAAAGAAAGUGUGAGCACUAAUAACAGGGUACAGUAUGAGCCGGCCCAUCUGGCUCCUAUGAGGGAAGACUCGGUCUUGAGGGAGCUAGAUCGGGAGGACAAAGCAAGUGAUGAUGACAUGAUAACUCCAGAGAAUGAGAGAGUCCAGGUGGAAGGGAACAUGGACAGCAGUUUACUCCCUUAUGUCUCAAACAUACUCAGUCCAGCUGGCCAAAUAUUCAUGUGCCCUCUCUGCAACAAAGUGUUUCCCAGUCCCCAUAUUCUGCAAAUUCAUUUAAGCACGCACUUUCGAGAGCAGGAUGGGAUCCGCAGCAAGCCUGCUACUGAUGUCAAUGUCCCAACAUGCUCCUUGUGUGGUAAGACUUUUUCUUGCAUGUACACCCUGAAACGCCACGAGAGGACUCAUUCAGGGGAAAAGCCCUACACUUGUACCCAGUGUGGGAAGAGCUUCCAAUACUCCCACAACCUGAGCCGCCAUGCUGUGGUUCACACGCGGGAGAAGCCACAUGCCUGUAAGUGGUGUGAACGCAGGUUCACACAGUCUGGAGACCUUUACAGACAUAUUCGGAAGUUUCACUGUGAGUUGGUGAACUCCUUGUCUGUUAAAAGUGAAGCACUGAGCUUACCUACUGUCAGAGACUGGACCUUAGAAGAUAGCUCUCAAGAACUUUGGAAAUAAUUUUAUAUAUAUAUAAAUAAUAUAUAUAUAUAUAUAUAUAUACACACACACACACACACACACACACACACACAUAUACACACACAUAUACACACAUAUACAUACACACACAUAUACAUAUAUAUAUAUAUAAAUCUAUAUAUAGUUGUGGUACGGUCUAAAAGCAGUCUUGUUUCCUUGAACUAAAAAGUUGGGAUAUUAACUUGUUUUUGCACUUUAGGAUAGCAUGAAAAAUUUCACUAAUUUAGCAUUCUGAUAAGAAAAACUUUAGAGCAAGUCAGAAAUAGAGAGGUGCUUUUCUUUUGUGGAGAGUAGGGAAAGUAAGCCAGUAAGUACUUUUAAAAAACGAAUCCUCAUAUCACAAAAAUGCUUACAUAUGGUUUUAUUUCUUCAACAUUGCAGUUGUGUUUUAAGCUCUGUAAUUUUUUUUUUUAUGAUUUUUUAAUGCUGUAGAAAUUCCCUCCAGUUUUAUUAGCCUCUUUACACUUAUAAAAUUGCAUGAAUCCUUUCUGGCUGUUGGAAACCUGAAUGCUUUUAGACCCAAAUGGAAAAUUUCUGAAAUGCUGGAUUAUCUAUUUUUAAACAAGCAGUUGACUUAAACUUUCUGUGGCAACUUCUGGUUUUCUGACAGUUCCCAAUGAAAAAAAUUCUGAAAGUACACUGGGAUCACUGGGACUCUGUCUUUUGUGAAGGUUUGCUUGGGAUGAAAAAAGGAUAUUGCAGCUUCAGCAGUGUUGAACUGUGUGUUUAAAAAUGUGAAUUACUGUUAUUGUAUACUGUAAUUGAUUACAUGGGCUGGGGGGGGUGUCAAAGAACUUGACAGGUUGUGUUGAUGCUCAUAGUUGAGUCUUGAAAAGUAAAUAUUAACGCUACAGAAAUGCAUGAGUUUCAAUAUAUUUUUGUCUUUGUUUGCAUUGUAUAACUUUAACGAGUGAGUUUAAAAUUAUUUAAUUUCCUUAGGAAAAUAGCACCAUUUGAAAAAACUGGUGUUAUGAAGAACAUAAAUGCACUGUUUUUAUUUUAUUUUAUAUAAUUUAAAUCUACUUUCCCACUGUCUUUAAGUUGAAGCUGUUAAGUUGAAUAAAAAUUAAGCUACAAAUUGAUAACUUAGCUACAUAACAAGGAAAAUAUAAAUGUUUACAAAUGGCUUAACGAUUUGCAUGUGCAGUGUGCAUUUAUAACAAACUUCUAAUUGCACAGAACCCAUGCCAGCUCAAAGUUUAGGUAUCUACAUUUACCCAGUUGAGCAUUUUUAGAAUUACUACUGCACAAAUUGACAAUAGGUCAUCCUUUUUCUUCUCUCUCUCUCUCUUUCUCUCUCUCUCUCUCUUUCUUUCUCUCUCUCUCUCUCUUUUUUUUUUUUUUUUUCUUUUUGCUCACCCUUUCUCUUUCUCUUCUUCCUCCUCCCCUCCCCACCUCCCUAACCCUUCCCUCCCAUGAAAAGAUUCUUUGGACUGAAAAAAGCCCCAGGCUGAAAGGACUGGGAAGCCUUGAUUGACAAGGGGAGGGGGGGGUUUGAGCAGACUAUGUGUAUCCAAGCAGCCGAGGCUGCAGCCCCGACGUGUGGUUUUCAUGACCAACACACAGGGUGAACGCAUUUUGCACAGUGUUUGUUUUCCUGUCUUGCACUUACAAAUAAGGUCUAUGGGAGUAGCAUGGAAAACGUUUGCUGUUUUUCCCUUUUUUUCCCCUUUGCUUUUGUUUAAAAUUUGAUCGCCUUAACUACUGUAAACAUAGCCUAUUUUUGUGCUUAAGAUACUGAAUGGAAAACUCCAUUGUGUGUUGCUGGACUGUUUUGGAAAUAUUUGGUCAAAUGUGUGUUAAUUUGGCUGUAAUGGCAUUUAAAGCAAACAAAAAAAAAAAAGCUGUGAAAAUGGCCUUGGAGCAUUAUCUUUAGUUACUUGAAGAGUUUCUAGUUUUUUUUUUUUUAAAUACAGUUUAUGUUAAGAUACAUUUUUAUUAAUUUAGAGAAGACAAUCAAUGUCUGUGAGAAAACGGACUUUCUUUUGUUUUUUUUUUUUUGUUUUGUUUUUGUUUUUUUUUUUUGUGGUCAUUGUGAGUGAUUGCUUUUUCCUCUUAUUAGUUUCACAUUCUUUCUUUGUUCUAAAACUUAGACUGACAUCUAGCUUUGACAAUCAUAGUACGUUUUAUUUUCCUGAGGGGGGAAUAACUUAUGAUGCUGUUUAGUUUUGUACUCUUGGUGUGUUGGUGAAUUUUUAAACUGUGCUAACUGCAAUAAAUUAUAUGACCUGAGAAGCAGA